AUGUCAGAAAUUGCCGGUUUGAUCUUUGGUGGCGUCAGCCUCAUCGCCCUCUUCCAGACCUGUUUCGAUGGCUACGACAAGAUCAAGCUUGCUGGGAACUACGGACGGGGCUAUGAGCCAAUGUGCGCCAACUGGGAUAAGGCUAAAGACCUGGUGGGAAACUCCCUCAUCACAGUGGAGGAAGUCUUCAAGGAUCAUACAAGGUUGGAGAAGAAAUAUGGGCUCAAAGUUAACGAGACCAAGGUCGGUGCAUCUUCCAACGCCUCUGAGGGUUUGGCAGUCGUUGCAACCGUCCCAGGGGGUUCGACACGACAGAGCUCAUCUCCUGCACUGAACGGACUGCGAGUUGCACUCAGAUUUCGAUCUCGACGUCGACAGAAACAAGGAUCGAUCGGUCAAAAAUUUACAUGGGCGAUUUGUGGACGAGAAGAAUUCGAGGCUCUGGUCAACGAGCUGGCCUUUACGAUCGAGAAUCUUGAGAAGGUGUCUGCGCACCUCGGUGUGUUGAACAGCCAAAAGGCGCUCCUCAAACACCAGCUCCGAGAAGUUAGAAACCUGGAGAGUGUUCUGCUUCUGGAAGAAGCUGCGACGUCUCCCACCCCCGACUCUACACAGCAUCUAAGUGGAGAGUCUGGACAAAGGGAGACUUCGCAUGAGAGUCAUAAGUCGACUCCUGAGUACAUACGAGCUUUAGCAACUGAGAAGGCACGCCAGAUCAACGGCGAUGUGGGAUUCGAACCUGGCACGCCGUCGAGCUUUGGACGGUACACCGAGCCCACUGCGAGAGAUGAAGCAACGCAAAUUAAUGGAGCAGUCUCAGCUGAUGCGCUUCGGAUACUUUUCGGGAAGUAA